GACGCGUGGGGCGGUGCGCCAGAAGAAGCCGGAAAUAUAAUGGCAUGAAUUCAUUCCAGCGUACGAACGAGAUGGUGCCAUGUCUGCGGCACUCAGAGCUACAACAUGGGAAAUAUCCGAAUCCGAGGACGAAUGUCACAGUGAAACCAAGACGGAAUCAGUGACCUUCAUAGUAGAAAGCGUUGACACCCAAUGCAGCGACGACACAACAUCACCAACCUUGGCAUCCACAGAUGAACCAAGUCAAGAUCAUAAUCUGUCUCCUCCGCGGGUACCCAGGUCUAAGAGCCCCUGUCCUCCGCUGGGACCAGGGUCGUUGAGCCCCUGUCCCGACCGAAAGCGACGCUCCAGAGAUCACACUGAAGCAGAGCAGCUUAAAGCAAAGCAGAAGAGAGAUGCUAGAGAUGAUCAGAGAGCAGCGAGAGCCAUAGAGAAGGAGGAGAGGAAACGGGAGCAGCAGGGAAGGAAGAAACUGGCAGAGCACAUGAGAAGUUUGAGGCCAGAGAACUGUCUCAAAAGCCUGACUAUAUGCAUAGAUCCAGCGGUUUUACAGCACAAUGGCUCAGACUUCUUGUUGGACCGCCUCUCCACCUCAGGCUGGAGGUUUGUGAUCGACAGCCAAUCCCUUCCCCAGACUAUCUGCUGGACCCGGGAGCUGGCCCAGCCCGGAGAGGACGGUUGUGGUUCGGUGGAAGAGGAUCAAGUGAGCUGGGUUCUGGAUUUGGCCGACUUCAUUGACGUGGUGAUCAGUGUCAAAGAGGUUCUCCGGAGCGAUGAAGGUCCCUCCGGGCGGUCUCUCCUCGCUGGGAUGCUGGAGUUUCUGAAUGGAAACGCCAACAAAGUGGUCACCCUGUUGGUUAUUGGAUCACAGAUGAACAGUGCUUCAGCCUGGAGCGCCCCCAGCCUUCAGGCCCAGAUCGGCAUGGAGGAUCUGGACAUGGAGGAGGUGAUGGUGUACCUCCAGCUCUGCAGGAACGUCUCCGUCUCCUUCUUCCGCGACUGGCAGGCCGUCACAGACCACCUGGUGGGCGUCACGAAAGCCUUGUCCAAACGGCCUUCCAGGCAGCUGGCUGAGCGAGGCGGCCUCCCGUUCUGCGCGGAUGGGCCGUGGGCCAGCGGGGUGCAGGUGAAGAAGGAGGGCGCCGGGCUGCGCCAGGUGUGGAACCGGCAGGUGCAGCAGCUCAAUCGGGUCAGCGUGGCCGUAGCGACAGCUGUGACGGCUUCCUACCCCUCCCCCCAUCUCCUGCUGCAGGCCUAUGGGAGUUUGGAAUCAGUGGAGCAGCGGAGGAAGCUAUUGGCUCCACUCUCCGUGACUUCCGAGGGAAGAGAAAGAAGAGUUGGACCCGAUAUCUCAUCCAGAAUCUACCGCUGUCUCUCGGAGCCAAACCCGGAGAUGGGUCUGGACUAGGCGGAUUCCUUCUGGCCUGAAUGAACGCUUUGAAAUCCAUGUCAACAAAAACUUCAGGCUACCUAAGGCCUACAAGAUGGCGGCUACCAAAGCAAGCUAACAUUUACAAUCUAGCUAAUGUUUAAGGGCUAGCUUAUGUCUAUAAGAUAUGUUAUAUUUCGAACUAGCUAAUAUUUUGAAUCUAUAUAAGCUCUUAUCUACAUAAGAGCCAAUGUUUCAAAGCUAGCCAAUGUCUAAUCUACAUGAUUUCUAAUGUUUGGAAGCUAGCUAACGAUUUAGCUAAUGUUAUUGUUCUUGAUGUUGCCUACUGAGCUAUCAUGCUGAAUAACAUCAACCUGAAAGCACUUUAUUACACCUUCAGAGUGACGUGAUGAGUUUAUAUUUUGUACAUGUAUUAUAUACAUAGAUGUUUAUAAUAUAAAAAAAUUACUGUUCCGUUUGUGAUUUUCUUUUAAUUGUAAGGAUUAAUGGACAUGCAUUCAUAUACAUUUGAAGAAAUCAAUCAUUCAGGUUGUGCGGGAAUAGGUAAUGUUUAAUUUUAUGAGUUUCCUCAGUACAAAGUAAGAAAAUAUACAUUCAUUCACAUUUCAAAGCAUUAAAAUCACAAUGGCUGUUUAUACCUUAACUACUGUAGAUUGCAUAAAAAUAAUGAAAUUCUAAUAUCUACAGAAUCCAUUACACAAAACCAGACUUCUUGGAAGCCGAUCCAUGAGAAAAACAUUGAAAGUGGCUUGUUGUCAGAUCAUAAACCGACAACCACAUCAAGCCUUCCACCAUUGGUGUAGGUUAUAGAAUUCGUUUGUGUAAGCUUUCUUCUUUUUUUAAGUUAAGCUAAAAACAAUCUUGGCAUUUAAGGUUUGGUGAAACAGCCGUUUCACCACAGGUGAUGCUGUUGUAGACCUGAGCCAUUCAUAGUGUUGCACUACUCUGUCCCAUGCAACGUUGCUGUUUCUCCUUCAUUCACAAAUGUCUUUGAUGGGCAGUGGGCACACAAACAUGAUAUGGAUAUGAAGCCAUGCGUGUAUUGGCUAAAUGGCGACUCUUUGUUCACUACUUUUCCACAGUAGCAGAGGCCAAUAAGCCAGCAUAGUUAAUGAAAAGGCCAACUGUUCUAACAGCAGUAAAGUAAAGUAUAUUUUCUGCUGACCUUCAAGUUAGAACGGUAGAUGUGUUUUAUUUGAUCACAAUAUGAUAUGAACACAAA